AGUAAUAUUUUCCUGGCUGGAGCUGGCUGAGUUCUGGAAGCGAGAGCUCUGUUCCGCUCGGCGGCUGCCGUGCCAGGACAGCGUGAACUCGCGGUGCCCUUGCCUGGGCUGCAGCACUGUGGUUUGAGAUGUGCCUUUCCUUCCACCGUACCACCGGCUUGCUCACAUUCAUCGUGUUCUUCAGGCAUCGAGAUUCUGGGAUCCGAAACAGGUUCUGGGAAGAGAAGCGGGAGCACACGCCAUGCUUGGCUGGAAACAUGCUGUCCCCUCGCCCUACGGACCCUGACACACCUGCCCCCUUCUAGGACUGCGGAGCCCUGAGCUGCCCCUUUCUUUGCUGCAUGCCCAGUCACGAGUGCUGGAUUAUGUUUGUCGCAUUCUCCCUCUGCUCCAUCAUUUGGUUGAAUCGUGGCUUCAAGUUAAGGAAAAGGGGCUGCACUGCAGUGGGCGUGGGCGGGGCUGUCCUCACCAGGCUUCGCUCGUCCUCGCUCGUGCAAAGAUGUUAAACCCACAAAGAAUGGUGCAGGGCGAGAGCAGUGCCUGAGCACCCUCCCCGCCUUUCCACGUCCCGAGCAGCUGGCCCCGGCACCAGCUGCCCUGUGCAGCAGAGAAGAUGGGCAGCACCGAGGGCUUUCAGUACCGCGCGCUCUACCAGUACUGCAAAGAGCGUGACGAGGACAUCGACCUGCUCCCCGGGGACGUCCUGGUGGUGAGCAAAGGGGCCCUGCAGGCCCUGGGCUUCAAGGACGGAGACGAGCAGACGCCCAACCAGAUUGGGUGGAUCCCAGGCAUCAAUGAGCGCACUAAGCAGAAAGGGGAUUUCCCUGGCACCUAUGUGGAGUACAUUGGACCCGUGAAAAUCUCUCUCCCUUCCCAGAGACCCAGGGUGCAGAGACCCCUGCCAGCGACUCCUGGGGCCAGCACCUCCCGCAUGCAGGAGGUGCUGGAGCAAGCAUGGCUCCUCCCGGACCUGGCGGAGCAGUUCACCCCCCCUGAAGUCGCGCCCCCGCUUCUGCUGAGGCUGGUGGAAGCCAUUGAGAAGAAAGGCUUAGACAGUGAGAUGUUAUACAGGACGUCUGGCUCGGAGUUGAGACAAGCGCUGAAGACCGAUUGGGCGCUGGGUGACGUGGAGCCAUUCGACGUGCAUUCCCUGGGUGAGGCGCUGCGAGGCUUCCUGCAGGAUCUGCCUGCCCCUGUGGUCCCGGCAUCUGUGCAUGGCGAGAUCCUGAGCAUCCUGCAGGAGAUCCCGCAGCCAGAGAGCUGCAGGAAGCAGCUGCUGCUGGCACUGGAGUCUCCUGCGGUCCCUCUCCAGAACCUGCUCACCUUGCAGUUCCUGCUCCACCACCUGGGGAAGGUGUCCCAGCAGGCCGAGAGCAACGGCCUCCACCCUCGGGCCCUGGGCGAGAUCUUCGGCCCUCUGCUGCUCCGGCUGCCUGGCACCAGUGCAGAGCUGAGCCCCGAUUUCUCAGGACUCUUCCUGGAAACGCUUCUGCAGGUGAAGGACUCGGAGCCGGAACAAGUGCCACCAGCUCUGCCUCCGAAGCCCUCGAAGCCGAAGUCCGGUGGAGCCAGCCUGGCCAACGGGAGCAGCGCGCCCCUGCAGGAGGCGGAGUGGUACUGGGGCGACAUUUCCAGGGAGGAGGUGAACGAGAAGCUACGCGACACACCAGAUGGCACCUUCCUGGUCCGCGAUGCCUCCAGUAAGAUCCAGGGGGAGUACACGCUCACACUGAGGAAAGGUGGCAACAACAAGCUGAUCAAGAUCUUCCACCGGGAGGGGAAGUACGGCUUCUCGGAGCCCCUGACCUUCGGCUCCGUGGUGGACCUCAUUAACCAUUACCGGCACGAGUCGCUGGCCCAGUACAACGCCAAGCUGGACAGCAAGCUGCUGUACCCCAUCUCCAAGUACCAGCAGGACCAGCUGGUGAAGGAGGACAGCGUGGAGGCCGUGGGGGAGCAGCUGAAGGUCUAUCACCAGCAAUACCAGGACAAGAGCCGGGAGUACGACUUGCUGUACGAGGAGUAUACGCGCACCUCGCAGGAGCUGCAGAUGAAAAGGACGGCGAUCGAGGCCUUCAACGAAACCAUCAAGAUCUUCGAGGAGCAGUGCCAGACGCAGGAGAAUUGCAGCAAGGAGUACAUCGAGCGCUUCCGGCGGGAGGGCAACGAGAAGGAGGUGCAGCGGAUCCUGAUGAACUCCGAGAAGCUGAAGUCCCGCGUCACGGAGAUCCACGACAGCAAGAUGAAGCUGGAGCAGGACCUGAAGAAACAGGCCUCAGAGAACCGGGAGAUCGACAAGCGCAUGAACAGCCUCAAGCCGGACCUGAUGCAGCUGCGCAAGCUCCGGGACCAGUACCUGGUGUGGCUGACGCAGAAAGGGGCCCGGCAGAAGAAAAUCAACGAAUGGCUGGGCAUCAAGAACGAGACGGAGGACCAGUACUCCAUGAUGGACGAUGAGGAGGAGCUGCCGCACCAUGAGGAGCGCACCUGGUACGUGGGGAAAAUCAACCGUGUGCAGGCGGAGGAGAUGCUGUGUGGCAAGCGCGACGGCACCUUCCUGAUCCGCGAGAGCAGUCAGAAGGGCUGCUACGCCUGCUCCGUGGUGGUGGAUGGAGACACCAAGCACUGUGUGAUCUACAAGACGGUGACCGGCUACGGCUUUGCCGAGCCCUACAACCUGUACGCAUCCCUGAAGGACCUGGUUCUGCACUACAAACACAUGUCCCUGGUGCAGCACAAUGACUCCCUGAAUGUCACACUGGCUUACCCGGUCCUCUCCCAGCCACCUGCCAGAUGAGCCACUGACGCAGAGCACAAUGGCUGUCUCUGGCUCCUCCCCAGGCUCUGGCCCUUGUCUAGAUGUCUCCUGCCCCUCCAGAGCCUGUGGGAUGUUGUGACCUGUUCCUGGUGUCCCGCUCGCUCAGCAGUAGAAACCCACCUGGACGCUGGCCGAUGGGGAGGCAACUCUGGGCCGUCGGCUUGGGAUGGAAAAGCCGCUCAUGACUUCAGCCUUGCUGAGGAGGAGUCCAGUCGCAGGCUAAUUGCUGUGUGGGGUUUUGUCUCUCCCUUCGCAGUUCCCACUCCCCCACUGUGUGUCGCUGUACAGCUCGGUUCCUAGGUCUGGGGUGCACCGUGGGGUCGCCAGCCCAGCGGCCCCGUCUCGCGUUAUAACUCUGGUGCUGCCCCUGUCCCAGAGCGCUGGUGGGACCAGCCCUGCGGGGAUGGGGCAGGUAGCGCUCUUUCCUGACCCACGAGUGGUCGUUGCUAAAACCGUUCUCUCCUUUCCCUCCACUUCAGUAAUAUUGCGGGCUGGAGUGAGCGCUGGCCUUUGGUCUGCGGGGCACCAGCCUCACCCAGAGAGAGCUAGAAAAGGGGGAACUUGAUCAUUGAAGGGGUUGGCGAGGGCUCAGCACGCUGGCUCCUUGGCAGAGAUGCCAGGUGUUGGUGGCACAUUCCAUGUAACCUCUGUGUGUGGCUUGCUGGGGAGGCCCCAUUUUAGAUUAGUUCGUUACUAACCCCCCUGUUCCGCCUUGGUUGUGCCAGCUAAGCUGUGAAAUCCGUGUUGGUACCAGUGCUUCCCUUGGCCGCCUCUGGGGGAUGCACAGCUGUGCUUGUCCAUUGCUUCUGGGAAGUCUCCUCAGUGUCACUGAUCACAGCGAACUGUAGCCAUGUAAAUACGGUUAUUUUAUAAUCAGCUGCUUGCUAGUGCUCAUUCGUAUGCAGAACCCUUGUUAUGAUAUGCAACCCCCGGGCAGCGACAGACCGAGCACAUCCCCGGCCCUGGGAGAACGUGAAGUCAGAGGUGCCUGGAAUGUCUGAUGCUGCGAGCCCUAUGCAAAGAGAGGCCCCCUCUGCAAGGGAAAGGUGGGGACUCGGCCAUGGCCCUCCGGCCCGGGGCUUCGGCAGGGAGCAAUGUAUAUGCAUGAGGUAGAACUAUGUAUGCAAAGCCAACUGUUUCCGAAGCACUUCUAAUCCUGAGUACUGUAGGGAGUGGGAAUGGAGCUUAGCCCUGGGGAAGGAGCUGGGGAUUUCUGUAGUAUUUCCAAUCUUGUCUGUUUUAGUACGAGGGAGCAGGAGAAUUGCUGUGUGUUUCCUGAUGGUGCCUGAGCCAGGCAGCAGUGCAGGACAUAGGUCUGACCGCUGUGGGGCGGGGGCCAGUGUUACUACUGGGUGAGACGGGGGGGUUCUCUUCGACAGAGCAAAAUGGUUUGGGAAGCUUCCUGGGUGGGAUGUGGUACCUCUCCCUCCAUGUCGGGCCUCAGUAGGCACCAGCACCUUGCAGUGCCUGCCCCUCUGCCCCAGCAUGGCUGGCAGUGCCAGGAGGGUUGAGGAUCCCAUGGCACUCUCCCCUCGGCACUGUGCCUGCCCAGCUCUAGAGAGGUGCUACUCGCCCCUGGGUCUGUCUCCAAAGGCCUUAUGUUCCGUCCCAGCUGGAGGCAGACACUUGGUCUGUGUCAGUAGCAGCAUGGUUAGGAUUGCGAGGUGGGCGGGGGAGAUCUCAGCUGGCAGGGUAGGGAGCAUGUGUGAGAUCUGCUGGGGCGGGGUGUGCGUCCCGUAGCGUGCAUACCGUGUGUGGGCGCGCUGGGGCGUGGAAGAGGUUUGGAUGCUCUUCGUUGCCACGACCACGCUACUCUCCGCACCCUUCCCACCCCUGCACCAUCAGCUCUGCUGUUUAUGUCCUGCUGCUCUGGCCUGGUUUCCUCUCUAGCUCCUCUGGAAACGGUGUGGGUGGAGCCCAGUGCGGCCUGCCUUGGGCUCUCGUGGCAUUGGGAAUUGCAGGAGCUGUUGUGGCCCACGCGUGGUGGCGUGAGCAUGGGUCCCUGUUCUCACCCCUGUCCACGUGCUCUGCGGCGUUGGUGCCUGGGCUGGUGGGAACGGACUCGGGGCUCAGCGAGCGAGUGCUGGCGUCUCCUCGCUGGGUGGAGCUCGGCUGUCUGAGCUCCCUGGACUCUGCGCCGGUGGAGUGAGGUGGCUGGAGGACUCGCGGCUGGGUCCAGCCACAUGCUGGCCAAAGUGAGCCACAUGUGUGGGGCAAGAAGGGAGUUAGCUUCAGGCUGAGGUCAGCAGCCACAAUGGCUGCUGCUCCUUCGACCCCUUUGGCACAGGGGGACACUGAGGAUUGGAUUUGGGGAUCUCUGGGCAAUGAAGAGCAGAGCCAGUGAGUUUAGCCCAGUGUGGCAGCUGUCAGUAGGUGGGAGGCGCAGGGAGGUAAAGCUCCCUCCGGAGAGGCCUAGGAGAUGGUGACUCGAUUGGUCAGGAAGAUCACCCCCAGCUUUUGGCUGGUUGGAGUCCAUGUCCCUGCGCCAGGAGACAGCAAAGCACACGAGACCCCCUGAGAAGCUGGGGCAACCCUACCUGCUCUCCCAAAAGCUGACUUGCUCCUUGAGAAAUUAAGCCAUAAAAACUGACCCCUCUAUUGUACAUAUUAGUAUUAAUACUUAGCCACUUACUUCCUCGCUGCUUGUGCCCGGCCUUCCCCACACCUCAGUGUGGCGACUUGGCUCGCGGCGCCUGUCUGUGCUGCCAGACAGCGGGAUUGUUGGGGUGGGGUACAGCACCUGGGCUGGGGGUAGAGGUGCUGCUCUGUCCCUGGGGCACACGGGCUGGCAGGUGUUACAUACACUACAUCCAUUGCACAGCUAGGGAGCUGGCUGGGGUGCUGUGUUCCGGCUCCUCAGCCGUCCUGUGUUUGGAAGCACCUUGGUAACUCUGCCAGCAUUGGGUGUUGGGAUCCUGCUGAGAUUAGGAAAACCUCUCCCCUCUGCUUCUAGCCUCGCCCUCCUCUCGCUGGUGGGCUCACCCGCCUCUCCCUGCAUGGACGGUUCUAGCUCCUUGGGAGAGACUUGCCCUCUGCCCACUUUGCCUGGUCUAUUGCUGCCUGACCCAAGCCUGCUUCUCCUCAGGGGAAUUUGAAAUUCCCCCUUCGCGCCCUGGGAGCUGAGCCGGCUCCAUGUGAAUGCUCUGACCGGUGGUUGCUUUGCUUUGCUUCUGUGCAUCUGCUAGCACGGCCCUUUCAGAGCGGUUAGAACACUGCUGAGGAUGGAAAUGUGGUCAGUGGCUGCAUCCUGUGCCUGUUGCAGAAGGAAGGCUCUGCUCUCCUCAAUCCAGUACGCAAUGAAGAGGAAAGUCCCCCCCCCCCCUCCCCUCCCCGGGCUGACUUUCUCUGAUGGUGCCUGACUUGGCUCUUAGAAACUUGGCUUUUUCUCCUCCUCCAGUGGAAGAACAAGGCCCUUGAAUCUUUCUUUCUUACUUUCUUUUAUGACAUGGCUCCUUUGGAAUAAGCCAGUUGUGAUUUGGUCUUUGCUUUAGCUGUUGCUGUUUACGUCUUCUGGAUUAAUCCAUGAGAACACUAUCUUUGGAUCGCCUUGGUUGUGCUCUGCUGUCUGCGAUCUCAUCUGCACCCUCGGUCAGGAUGUGAACCAGAACCUCUUGUGAUUCUAGGCCCAUCUUCUGCGUGUCCUCGUCCCACCUGGCAAAUGUAAAGCCGCAAGCCAGAGAGUCGGCUCGUUCUGCUUUGCACAGCUCCAGGCUGCCCAACAUGAAAUAGCACCCAGCCAGCCUUCCCCUUUGUCUUGGCUGCCAUGUGGGGGUGGAGGAAAUUGACCAAAUCUCCUUGAAAUGGGGCUUUGAUUUGAGACCAAGUGCCCAGUUCCUGGCCAGGCCCUUUGCUAGUUCCCUUCUUGUUUCUCUCCACUCCUCCAUCCACUGUGGGCCUGGUGACUGCGCUGCCAACGUUACUGGGUAGGGGGGAAAGUGCAAAUCUUCCCCCUGGCAUCAGGGCAGAGGAGAUUUGGGCAUGGGGAGUGGGCAGUGUCACAAGGGGAGGGGGGAAGCUGCUUUGGGGGGCCUGAGCCACUCCUGCUUCCCGGCUCCAUCCAUUGUAGCACGCGGAAGCUCGGGGCAGGAGCACACAUGCCAAAUGUACAGGGUCACCACCUGGUUGGGAGGACAGCGAAGGAGAACCCCCCUCUUGGCCCCAGGACCAUGUGGCUUUGUGCAGGAUGCUGAAAUUCUGCUUGUUCUGCAGGAAGCUCUGGGCUGCAUUAGUCAGAGGUGGUUUGUUUUAAGCCUGCAGCCUAAUUUCAUUGGAGGAAAGAGCCUGUUUGGGUUGUGAGCAGACAAGAGCCUGAUUCCUUGCACGGGUCCCUGCCUGCUGGGGGGGCGGGCUGACAUGCUGGGAUUUGCACUCAGUCCGAGAGGAACUUGGCUGGUGAGCACUCCUGAGGUUUUAGCUCUUAUGAGAUAUGCAAUAAUAAAUACUCUAAUCGCCAUGUCUUCUGUCUGUUAGCAGAAGUCAUUCUCUGUGCUCUUUCUGUGUACGUUUACUAACCUAAGCCCAGGAUUUGUUACUGUCAGAUCAUUUUUGUACGGUACUUUAAACAAAGGAAGAAAUAAACUGAAAGAAU